GAAAAAAUGUUUUCGAGGCUCCGUCACGCCGUGUUUCUCCGGCGAUUUCCAGCCGUGAAUGCUCCCAUGAAAAGAGCUUUCAGCAGUAAAAUUCAAGAUGAAAUCGAUCCCCAAAUGAUGAAUAUAGAUGAGCUCAAUCAGGAAAUGAAGUCAAUCUUUGGAGAAAAACCCUCUCCCGAUGGAUUUUCCGGUCCUGCGACAAUGGAUUUCUCUGAGUUGAAAUCCAAAGUCGAAUCUUUGAAAUCUACCAAGCCGGAGAAUUCUGAUCUUUUAUCCCACAUUGAGUAUCAGAAAUCUACACACUCGAGCAAAGAACUGGCUUCAAAAGUGGCUAGUGAUUUGUCUAAGCUAACCCAUGUUGGGAUCUCAGGGGAAGCUCAAAUGGUGGAUGUAUCUUCCAAGGACAAUACUAAGAGAACUGCAUUGGCUUGUUGUAAAGUUUUUCUUGGGAAGAGAGUUUUCGAUUUGGUCUUAGCGAACCAAAUGGGGAAAGGAGACGUUCUUGGAGUGGCGAAAAUCGCUGGCAUUAAUGGAGCAAAACAAACUAGCAGCUUAAUCCCAUUGUGUCAUAACAUUGCUCUUACGCAUGUUCGUGUAGACCUAAGACUAAACCCUGAGGAUUUUAGUGUUGACAUUGAAGGAGAAGCUUCGUGCACUGGAAAGACUGGAGUUGAGAUGGAAGCUAUGACUGCUGUAUCAGUUGCUGGUUUGACAGUUUACGAUAUGUGUAAGGCUGCGUCGAAAGAUAUCAGUAUUACAGAUGUGAGACUCGAGCGUAAAACUGGUGGAAAGAGCGGAUAUUGGUCUAGAGGGGAGUGAACACAAUGAACAUUUGUCUCCGUAGCUGUGGAGACCUCACCUCCUGAUUUCUUAACAAUGUAUGUACUAAAACUUCAUCAGACUGGAACUACGGGUAGCACUAUGGCUUGUCCGGACAAGGAAAGGCCGUUGCGAAAAAAAUCCGGUCAAGUAGGGACUUUCUUUGUACGUUUGGUACUUUGGUGAUAAAGCAUUUUUAUAAAGAAUUUCACCUAAACGGUAUGGAAAACAAUUGAUGAAGUGAAGGUGUUUGAUAGAAAAAUCAAUGCAUUCCAACUGUGAAGACUGAAAAGUCAUGAUUCACUGUGCAGUCUUAUUCAUAUAAUGUCCACAUUCUUUAGACAGUUGCGAUAGAUUGGUCACAGCAUUUAAUUGGUGGUCACACAUACCAAUAUCAUCACAAGAUUAAAGAUUUAGUACU